AUGGCCGGGUGUGGGACUGCCAGCCCUGCUCUCAGGUCCCUGCUUGCUAGUGCCACGCUUGUCUGUUCUCAGGAGAAUUUGUCCACGGAGGAGCUGGAGCAGUUUGCCAAGGAGCUGAAACACAAGCGGAUCACCCUGGGAUUCACACAGGCUGAUGUGGGGCUGGCGCUGGGCAACCUGUACGGGAAGAUGUUCAGUCAGACCACGAUCUGCCGGUUUGAAGCGCUGCAGCUGAGCUUCAAGAACAUGUGCAAGCUGAAGCCACUGCUGCAGCGCUGGCUGAACGAGGCUGAGAACACAGACAACCCCCAGGAUAUGUACAAGAUUGAGCGUGUGUUUGCUGACACUCGGAAGAGGAAGCGCCGGACCAGCCUGGAAGUGAAUGUGCGCGGAGCGCUCGAGUCGUACUUCAUAAAGUGCCCGAAGCCCAACACUCAGGACAUCACGCAGAUCGCAGAGGACCUCAGUCUGGAGAAAGAUGUGGUGCGGGUGUGGUUCUGUAACCGGCGUCAGAAGGGGAAGCGUCUGGCUCUGCCGUUUGAAGAGGAGGGUGCAGAGGGGCAGUAUUUUGAGCCCAGCCCACAAGUGCAUCUGGGCAACGGGCAUUUCCAAACUCCGGGGUACCCCGGCACUGCACCCCCGCACCUCUACCUACCCGGCUUCCACAAGCCAGAGGUCUUCAAGCAGACCCUGCCCCCGGGGUUCCCUGUGGGACACCAGACCAGCUAG